CCUCGCUUGUUCUCCUCUGUAACCACUCGUGCGGUGUCCGGAGAGUCGGCUGCUACUUAUAUUCUGACGGGUUGCAAAAAGAUUGGGAUUGUUGGCGUGAAUUGUAGGAGAAAUUUGGCAUUUCAUGUGAAGGAACACGAGAAACAGAAGGAAACGGUGACGGUAACCACCGGUGACGGUAACAAUAACGAAGAGAAGAGGAGCGCGAGAUACGAUUACAAGCUUGGGAUUGGCAUGGAACAUAGGAGAAAUUUGGCUUUACAUAACAAGGAACAGAAGGAGACGAAGAAGGAAACGGUAACCACCGGUGAAGGUAACAAUAACGAAGAGAAGAGGAUCGUGAGUUACUGGGGUCUGGAAGCUCCUAAGUUCACUAAAGAAGAUGGUAAUGAAUUGCGAUGGAGCUGCUUUAGGCCAUGGGAGACUUACAAAGCUUAUUUAUCCGUUGAUCUGGAGAAACACCAUUCGCCCGCAACAUUUAUGGACAAAAUGGCUUUGUGGACUGUCAAAGCUCUCACAUGGCCUGCUGAUAUAUUCUUUCAGAGUAAAUAUGGGUGCCGGGCAAUCAUGCUUGAAACGGUGGCGGCAGUGCCCGGAAUGGUGGGAGGCAUGAUGUUACACUGCAAGUCAUUGAGGAAAUUCGAGCACAGCGGCGGCUGGAUCAAGGCACUUUUGGAUGAAGCCGAGAACGAGAGAAUGCACCUCAUGACUUUCAUGGAGAUUGCAAAGCCCAAAUGGUAUGAGAGGGCUCUGAUUUUGGCAGUCCAAGGUGUAUUCUUCAAGGCAUACUUUUUGGGCUAUUUGAUUUCCCCGAAAUUCGCUCACCGCAUGGUUGGGUACCUGGAUGAAGAAGCCAUUCACUCUUACACAGAAUUCCUCAGGGAAUUGGACAAAGGAAACUUUGAAAAUGUACUGGCUCCGGCAAUAGCCAUUGAUUACUGGCGCCUGCCUCCAGAAUCAACUCUUCGUGAUGUGGUGAUGGCGGUCAGAGCCGAUGAGGCCCGCCACCGUGAUGUCAAUCACUUUGCUUCGGAUAUAUAUUAUCAAGGGCACGAACUGGGGGAGUCGGCAGCGCCCAUUGCGUAUCACUAA